AUGGAUUCAAUCCCCCUUCCUGUCGCUCCCCGGAGGACCAAUGCGACCUUGGAUGUCACGAACGUCCAGUCCGAAGCCAGAAGCAUUGACAGUCGUAGCAAACCUACCCGCUUCAAAGUCGAAAAACCCAGCCCUCUUUCUAUUCCUAAAGCUGGCACCUUGACGGCGAAUAGCGUACCCUUGCCACCCCUAAGCCCGAACAGCAUGAUUUGUUUUGUCGAUUCGAAGCAAGAGCCUGGUUUACUGGUCACAGACGAGCUGGACGCAGCCAUCGAGGAGUGCAGACGAAAGGUGGAACGGAUUUCUAAAGAUUGUAGGGCCAAGAACCGGAAAUUUAGAGACAUUGAGUUCGACCUCGAAAACGACGCGAGUCGAUGUAUCUACGGGAUUGGCCAAGGUGCAGGCGAUGGAGAUAUUCCAGCCGAUGUGCAUAAGGACGUUCUGCGCGUCACGCAAAUAUUUGAGAAUCCUCAUUUCUUCUCGGCGGAGGGGGCGGCGAACUCAAACGACAUUAGGCAAGGAGCCUUGGGAAACUGUUGGUUCCUGUCGGCGCUUGCUAUCGCCUCUACAGCACGGGGUUUGAUCGAGAAGGUGUGCGUUGAUCGCGAUGAAGCAGUAGGUGUAUACGGGUUUGUAUUCUUCAAGAAUGACCGAUGGGUGGGAGUCGUCAUAGACGAUCAGCUAUUCACACGUAUACCCAAAUAUGAGGAACUCGGCAAAGAGGAACAGGAAUUAUACCAUGAUGAUAAAUCACUUUAUAACCGUAUCGCGCGGAAAGGUGGGAAGACGUUGACGUUCGCCAGGUCAGGGGAAAACGGGGAGACGUGGGUGCCUCUGUUUGAGAAGGCGUACGCGAAAUUGCAUGGCAAUUAUAAUCAUUUGCAAGGAGGUUUUGAAUCUGAGGCUCUUGAAGACAUCACAGGCGGAAUAGCAACAUUCCUCAUGACCAAGGAUAUCUUGGAUCCUGAUCGGUUUUGGGUGGAAGAACUCUGCCGCGCAAACAAAGACCGGCUCUUCGGGGGUUCCGUCAGUAUGGCUAGCGAAGAAAUAUACAUUGACGUCCAAGGGCUGAUAGCCAACCACGCAUACUCCGUCUUACGCGCGGUCGAAUGUAAAGGCAAGCGAUUUGUGAUCAUCCGCAACCCGUGGGGAUUUCGAGAGUGGACGGGCCCGUGGUCGGAUGGCUCUAAGGAGUGGCAAGGGGAGUGGCUGGAUAUCUUACCUGAGCUUGGUCAUGUCUUUGGCGAUGAUGGACAGUUCGUUAUGGAAUACAAGGAUUUCUUGAAUACUUGGACGGACAUAAACAGGACUAUCCUCUUUGACUCUACCUGGGUUAUGACGUCGUACUGGCUAAAUGUACCAGCCGCACCAGUUGCAUCCGCCUGGACGUAUGGAGACGUUUCCUUCCUACUUUACCUCCCAGAACCAUCAGCAACCGUGAUCGGCCUCUCUCAACUCAAUGCGCGAUACUUUAAGUGUCUCAAGCCUGGGAACAAUUGGAGCUUUGACUUUGUUCUUGUCAAAUUGGGGGAAGAUAAACCCAUGGCACAAUCUAACCAUGAUUGGGGCUUCUCGAGGAAUGUUAACUUGGAAGUAAACUUGGACAAGGGGAAUUAUAUCAUCUAUGUUCGCAUUGCCCGCCUAAGUAACAUACCCAUCGACAAGGUGGAUCCCUUGGUGGCUUGCGGUUGCGAGGAUUCCGGCUGUGCAUGCCCAGCGUACCUGUGCAGCCACUCUCUAGCAAGGGUCCUGAUGGACAAAAUACAAGAUCAAGCUAUCGCCAAAAAUCUUGACACAUUGAACUUUGCCGACUACGUCCCAGCGGACCUAGACUCCCUCAUACAAAAGGACCUGAAACUUUACCAUGUCUACGUGGAGAAGCAGUCAAGCGCGCGAGCACGAGCGAAAGCUUCUGUCAAAAAGAGUGUGGCUACGUUAUUUCGGAGAAAGACGGAGCCAGAGCCGCAGGUCAUGCCUCCCGUUCCGAAGCAGAAGCGGAAAAAACACAAGACGGAAGGACAGAAGAAGCGUAAAGGAAAUAAAAAGCAGGAGGGAGAGAAGAUUCAGGACGACUUGGAAUCAAAACCCGACUCGAAAAAAACCGAAGUUGAAGAGAAAUUGAAGAAGCUCAAGGCGCUUGUGAAGGACCAGGAUGAGUUGGUUGUAGGACUGAGGGUUUAUACGCAUAAAGACUGCGCUGCGGUUGUCGUUGGGAGGUUGAAAACUGAUAUACGGUGA